CUUGCAGUGCAAAGACCACAAGCAAGAAGACUCCGAAGCCGGGAGUAGAAGUACCAACAUUUAUCCUGGAGCUUAGAGAGAAAAGACAAGCGAGACCACAGCUUUUGGUUCAACGGACUGUCUGCUGGAGCUCCGAUACAGCCAAUUCGCCUUUCCGCUAUACACCAGUUUCUCUGGAUAUAGCAGCUAAACAUAGUUGGUAGUAAACUCUUUGGAGUUUGGUUAGAGUCACUUUAUCUUUCUUUGCUUGUGAGAGUGGACUGCACUGAAACUUGGGAUCGACCCGCCUGGGGUCGGGCUUGGAACCUGGCGCAUCCUUUCUGCGGCUUCAAACACUGCGAAAGUUUUGGCCAGAGCUUUUCCACAGUCCCAGAUCUGAAGACUCCGAGUCAAGUCAGAGUUUGAGCUUCACUCAGCAGCUGCUUCCCCAAGAAGGGAUAGAGAGCCACUGACAAGACUCCAGAAAGUCUCUGCAAACUCCCCUGCUGAUUCAGACAUGACAGACUGUCUGAUUCUAUAAAACCUACAAGUACAAGAAUUCUGCAGAGGGCUUGCAUUGAUAAGUCAGAAGAUCUGAAACAAGUGCAGUAACUUGCAACAAGGAAGUUAAAGAAACAACCAGUUUCAUCAGCAAACACAGUAAAAGCAUCGUCGUCGAUCUAAGCCGGCCCAAUGGCGUGGUCAGCUCUUUCCGGCCCUUGUGUGGCCCUUGUCCUGCUCUUCUUCGGUUUGACCUACAGCACUCCUUCAGGCCCCGCCUCUCCCACCUGCGCCACCCUGGAACAAAGCCGAUUCUUUGGUGUAUUCUCCUCGACGACGACUCUGCCCACCACACCAUGCUCCUGGACCCUGCAGAACCCUGACCCCCGCCGCUACACUGUCUAUAUGAAAAUCACCAAGCCAACCGACACUUGUGUGCCUCGCCAGAUCAGAACCUUCCAGUUUGACUCCUUCAUCGAGACAUCCCGCACCUACCUGGGCAUGGAGAGCUUCGAUGAGGUUGUCAGGCUGUGCGACGCUUCAACCACUGUCACCUACCUGGAGUCCACCAAGCAGUUCCUGCAGAUCCGCAAGGUUGCCUCAAGAAAUGGCCUGCAAACUGUGGAGGAAGAGAAUGAUGUCAGCGAGUUCAAGGCUGAGUUUCUUGUUGUGGGGAAGAGGAACCCAAGUAUGCCUGCCUGCCAGAUGCUGUGCCAGUGGCUUGAGAAGUGCCUGUCCAGUAGCACCCACGAUUAUCCCUGUGGUAUUAUGAAUACACCUUGCCAGUGCUGGGAGACCCCAAAGAGGAAGCCAGGAAGCUGCUACAGGGGUGGUGUCUACGUUGAGAAAUGCCUUCCUGUUCCCAAAGACAACGGACGUGAUGCUGAGAUUAUCAAGGGCUGGUCUGGUUGGGGCCGCUGGUCUGUUUGCAGCCAGGAGUGCGGUGGCGGAGUCCAGGUGCGCAGCCGAUCCUGUCAGCCCGAGGAUGGUAUUUGUGAGGGAACAGUUGAAGAAGGGCGGGCCUGCAACCCUCAGCCUUGCAUUGGCAAAGAACGCAACAGGAGCCAGGGUCUGAGAGCUAUCAUCGGUCUGAACAGAGAUCAUAUUGACGAGCCAAACCAGGGAGCUGUUGCAACCCAGACAGAAGAUGCUAAGGCAGAUGAAUGGUCCCCUUGGAGUGCAUGCUCAGUCACCUGUAGCGAGGGCUGGCAGAGUCGUACCCGUGUUUGUGCUAGUUCCUCCUUCACCACCCAGUGCACUGGACCUCUGCGUGAGAACCGCCCAUGCAACAAUACAGCAGUGUGCCCUGUGGACGGUGCUUGGGAUGAGUGGGCCCCCUGGAGUCUGUGCUCAUCUACAUGUGGUCGUGGUUUCCGUGAUCGUAGUCGUACAUGCAAACAGCCCCAGAAUGGUGGAGAGCCUUGCCGGGGCCCAACAAAGCAAACCAAGUUCUGCAACAUCGCUGUCUGCCCAGUGGAUGGAUCCUGGAAUGAGUGGUCUGCCUGGAGUGCAUGCUCCACUACUUGCUCUAAUGGUACCAGGCAGAGGACAAGGGAGUGCAACGGUCCGUCCUAUGGGGGCUCUGAGUGCCACGGCAGCUGGAAAGAUACAGCUAAUUGUUUCCUGAAAGAGUGUCCUGUUGAUGGACGUUGGCAUGCAUGGAGCACUUGGGGCAGCUGCAGCAAGACUUGUGGUGGAGGAAUUCAGCAGAGACAGAGAGUGUGUGAAGGGCCUUUCUUUGGUGGAGAAUCUUGCAUUGGAGAGAAGGCAGAGCAGAAGCGUUGCAAUGAGAAGAGAUGUCCUGAACCCCAUGAGAUCUGCCCUGAACAGAACACUGGAGAUGUUGUAUGGAGACAAACCCCUGCUGGAGACAUGGCUUUUGCUGCUUGCCCUGCUGAUGCCUCAGGUCUCAUUGUGCGCCGGUGCACCCUCGACGCUGUAGGUCUUGCCUCCUGGGAGAACCCAAGUUAUAUCAAGUGCGUCUCCAAGAACUAUGAUAACAUUCAGAUGCUGUCCAGAGACUACAUCUCCAAGGCACAGAUUGGCCAAAGUGUGGAUGGGGUUGCUGAGGUGAUUUCACGCCUGAGAUUUUCCUCUGAUGAAGGGGCCAAGUACAGCGGAGACCUCAUGGCCGUCAUGGAAAUCCUCAAAAACACCACAGAGCUGUACAAAGGAACACGACUGAGGCUGAGCAAUGCUGAUGUGGAGAACUAUGUCCAGACCAUCAGCAACUUACUGAAGGAGGAGCAUCGUGACAAAUGGGAAGAAGCACAACUGAUGGGUCCCAGCAUUAAGGAGUUCCUCCGCCUUGUUGAAGACUUUGUGAACAUGAUUGGUAUGCAAAUGAGUGGCUUCCAGGACAUUUAUGAAGUCACUGAGAAUUUAGUGCUGAGCAUUCACAAGCGCCCAACUUCCUCAAACUCCAACUUCACCUUCCCUGUGAAGGGAUGGAGGGGCAUGUUGGACUGGGUCAGAACCUCUGAGGAGAAGAUUACAGUGUCCCGUGAUGCUCUGUCUAUUGAUCAGACUGAUGGAACUGAUGCUUUUGUGACUGGAAUCGUCCUCUACAAAAACCUUGCUUCUAUUCUGUCCUUCCAGAGCAACACUACCCUUCUCAACUCUAAAGUUGUGACAGUGAUUGUCAGUCCAACCCCAAACCUUCUGUCGUCUCCUGUUGAGAUUGAGUUCCCUCACCUUCACAAUGGCACCAUGAAUGAGACGUGCCUCUCAUGGGAUGAGAGUGAAACUUCUUCUCUGCUUGGGUCUUGGUCUGCUCGGAGCUGCAGAGCGGUGCCCGUUCAUUCAUUCAGAACCAAAUGCGUGUGUGACAGCCUCUCCACCUUCGCCAUUUUAGCGCGCGUCAACUUGGACUCGAUCAUGGACAAGGCACUUCUCCCGUCCGUGACUCUCAUCGUUGGCUGUGGGGUCUCCUCUCUCACCCUGCUGCUCCUCAUCAUCAUCUACGUCUCUGUGUGGAAGUACAUCCGCUCCGAGCGCUCCGUUAUCCUCAUCAACUUCUGCCUCUCCAUUAUAUGCUCAAAUGCCCUCAUUCUUGUUGGACAAACUCAGGCUCGUAAUAAGGUCGUGUGCACUCUUGUUGCUGCUUUCCUGCACUUCUUCUUCCUCUCCUCUUUCUGCUGGGUGCUGACAGAAGCUUGGCAGUCCUAUAUGGCUGUCACUGGUCGUCUGCGCAACCGCAUUAUCCGCAAGCGCUUCUUGUGUUUAGGCUGGGGACUUCCUGCAUUGGUGGUGGCUGUGUCUGUUGGUUUCACAAAGGCUAAGGGAUAUGGCACUGUCAACUACUGCUGGCUGUCUCUUGAGGGUGGACUCCUGUACUCCUUUGUUGGUCCUGCUGCAGCUGUUGUCUUGGUGAAUAUGGUCAUUGGUAUUCUGGUCUUCAACAAACUAGUAUCCAAGGACGGCAUCACCGACGUGAAGCUGAAGGAGAGAGCAGGGGCAUCGCUGUGGAGCUCCUGUGUGGUUCUGCCCCUCUUGGCUCUCACCUGGAUGUCUGCUGUCCUGGCCAUCACCGACCGCCGCUCCGCCCUCUUCCAGAUCCUCUUUGCUGUUUUUGACUCACUGGAGGGUUUCAUCAUUGUAAUGGUCCACUGCAUUUUGCGUAGAGAGGUUCAAGAGGCGGUAAAGUGCAGAGUAGUUGACCGCAAGGACGACGGCAAUGGAGACUCUGGCAGUUCCCUUCACAAUGGCCACACCCAGCUUAUGCAGCCUGAUAGCGAAAAGGAUGGAGAUUCAAGCAGACAAGGUAUGAAGAGCUCCUCUGAAGAGAAGAUGCCCCCUCCUCAGCUGCCCCUUCCCAUGGGUUCCAACUUCCACACCCUGCCAUCCAAUCCCAACAAAAGCCACAUGCAGGCGGUUCCUGAAUAUUCCAGCCACACCCUCACCCUGAAGAGAGAGAAGAGCCGUCUGGCGGGAGGAGUCGACCCAUCCUGCGGGAAACCGGUAUACGUCUGUGAAGGAGAGCUCUUCAAGCAGCUGGAUGCCGACCUGGCUCGGGCUCAGGCUGAGGGCAGCGUCCCUGAUGGCAGCGGUUACAUCCUUAUGCCCAACACCACCUCCACCCUCAGGACCAAGCCCAAAGACGACCCAACAAAAUACAACAUCAGUGUGGAGCAGCUGCCACAGGCCAGACUGAUGCACCUCAGUGGGCCGUUCGCCGAACCCCAGGCUGCCUUUGGGAUGAAGUCCAUCCCCCCCGACCAGGUCAGCAUGUCCUACUCAGAGAGAGACUCACCCAUCCAGAACAUCCACAACAUGUCCAGUGAGUCUCACAUCACCCAUAGCAGCCUGGAGAACACCUUUGAGUCCAUGAACUCCAUGAUGUCCAAGAGUGAGACCAUCUCCACACUGUCCAUGAGCUCUCUGGAGAGACAGAAAUCCCGAUAUGCUGAGUUGGACUUUGAGAAAAUAAUGCACACAAAGAAACGCCACCAGAACAUGUUCCAAGACCUGAACAGGAAACUACAUCAUGCUGAGAAAGACAGAGAGUCCCCUGCUUCUGACAGCAAGUCUGUGAGAUGGAGUGUCUCUUCUGGAGGAAGUGACAAAACGAACCACAGCGACAAACAGCAGGCUCCUCUGGAGAGGUCAUGGGAAGGAGUCCGCGGAAUUCCACAGUCCCCCCCUGCAUGGGUUCGCAAAGACAUGGAGCCCCUAGCUGCCUCGCCUUUGGAGCUUCACUCUGUGGAGUGGGAGAAGACCAGCACCACCAUCCCUCUGGUGGGGCAGGACAUCAUUGACCUGCAGACAGAGGUCUGAGGGGGAGGAGGGGGCAAGUGAAGCCACCUGAUUUCACCUCGGUUACCUUUUUGGUUUGGGAAAGGAAUCCUUAAUGGAUAGAGGAGAAAAAACCAAGAAAGGGAGAAAGUGAGAAAGUAGGUCCCAGAAUCAAUGUCUUCAAACCCUCAGCCAGAGCAGGAAGAGGGGGGACGGAAGAGAGAUGGAGGAGUGAAGGUGAUUGUGGAGGGGUGUUUAAUGUAGCUUCUCUGUUGUGGACUUGAAGCAUCUCUUGUCAGAGUGCUGUGAAUGUCAAAGGGUUUGGUUUGUGGAGAGAUCAGUGGUAUCCAUGGACCAGGACUGGCUGUGGUUCCAUUAAUUCUUCACUGGGAGUUUCCUGAACCCUUUAGCCUGGGUUCGGAAGAUGUGGUCGACAUGUCUGUGCUUCUUUUUUCCUUCAACUCAGCUUUGGAAAAAAAAUAAAUAAUAUGAAACGGUGUGUUCUCCCUGCAUCUUGGGAGAAACAACCGGAACUCCUGGCUGCUUCUCUUUCAGCCAAAGUUAACUUCCAAAAUAGGACAAGGCAAGAGACCAUAAGGGACCAGUUUCAUGGUUGGAGUCCAAUACUCCACACUUAGAUGGGCACACAUUUUGUUUUUGUUUUGUUUGUUCUGCUUCAUACCUGGAACUGCUUCUGAAGAGUCUAACACGAGACUCUUCUUUGGGACUCUAUGUACUAGAAACAAAACUCUUUAUUUGAGAGAACACUUCAUCAUAUUGGUAGGUUAUUAUUAUUCCAAUGAUUAUUGUCAGUGUUAUAAUUAUCAGUGUUAUUACCUGAUUAUCUGUAUUUUGGUUUUUGACUUCACUCAUCAUUGUCCAGCACAAUCUUUAUUUAUUUUUCUAUUGUGAUUGACAACAGUAGGCUCCAAAAAAAUGAUUCAGCACAGACGUAAUGUGUUGUGAGCCCAUAUGGACUGCAUCGGGACAAACAUACUGAGUGGUGAUGGAGGUGGUUGGGAUUACCUACCCAACAUUUCCUGGUUUUCUUCAGCAUUCUGCUUCAAUACCAAAACACCAGCACCAGGAUGAACACAGACUCUCAAAAAGGAAGAGCAGUGCACUCUGGGUAAUGCUGGUGGGAACGGGAGGUGGGGGAUGCAGAGAUCGUUUUGGUUUGCACGGCCCCCACCUCAGCUGGCACAAGAUGCAGGCUCUUCCAUGUUGUACAUGUGGAUUUAAGGUUCAGUGAGACCUUUCAUCAUCGCCCUUUUGUUUCUCAGCCUUGCAGGACUCUUGGACCGAGUUGAGGCUCCUGUCACUGGUUUAACUUCAACAGUGUCAGGUCCUCAAGACUUCAACACAUUUGUGUUUUCAGCCAUCAGUGUGAAAUAGUGCAAUAUGAUGGGCGCUUGAUGCUCAAGCAGGACUGAUAUUAAAAUAUAGGCAGAGAUUUUUCUUACCAAUGUUUCAAACUUUUAUACCAUCUUCCUCAUAUAGAUGCUUUAUGAGAAUAUUGUAUAACAAAUCUGUAUUAGUAAUUCAAGGAAUUUAUUCACUAGAGAUUUGUUAGCACAUGACUCCAUAUUUGGAGCUCUCUGUGACAGGUAGAUAAUUGUUCUUCUAUAAAGUAAACAUUAUAUAGAAUGAAUGAUAGCUUAUGAAUAUCUCUAAACUGUGCUUCAGGAUGUUUGUUAUUACUCUGCGCUGUGUAGCAAUGAGUAAUUGAACCUCAUGUCUUCAGUAAUAGUGUGUUUUUGAUAACCUUGUCAGUAACUCAGUAUGUAUUACCAGCCAAUUCCCCACAGCUCAAUUCAUACCUCGAGUUACUUGUCUUGAAUACCCAUUUGUAUUUCCUUGUCACUACUUUGUUUUGUAUGUUCCGUUUUACUUCCUGUAAAUGUACAGUUUUCACAGCACAAACUGAAUGUUGAAUUAUUUCUAAUAAAAAACACUUAUAUUACAUGAA